CUUUGGGCAAGGCUGCAUUGAGAGCUAUAUGAAGGGUCCCACAUGGCGCCUCCUUCAUAAUUGCAGACAUUUGAAAUGCUUUGGCAAUCUCCUAAAUGUCUACAGAAACUUGGAGAUAAAAAUCUUCGAAUAAACUCUGGGAUCCUGACUGAGCAACUGAAGCAGUAAGAGAAGUUAUGGAGGGAAGAUUCCAAGGAAAAGAGGAAGAGAAAGGGAGAGAACAUCAAUGCUGGAUGGCCUGAAAAUUGAAGGAAGUUAUUGGCAAAUGAAAAGACUGGCACAGAAUAGAGAGACAUGGAGGAGACUAUGAGCCAAGGAUCUGCCUUCAAACAGAGCAUGCAUGAUGAUGGGACCCUUUCAAUGGAAAAAUGGUCAAGAAUCCUGAAAUGUGACACUGAUAUUGCAGGAUUUUGAAGGAGUAAAGAAGUAUCACCAGAAUACUGCUUAGUAACUCCUUCCAACUUGCUGAUGUUGGUGUAUUUACACCUGGCUGUUGCAACAGUCAACGGGAUCAGUGAUGCCAUUUCAGCAGCUCAGUGAGUCUGGCGCAAUUGAAGCACAAUUGCCCAGCUACAUGCAACGGAUUGAAUUCGAUAAACUACAGUUGUCUUCUCCCUGUGACGACAAGUAUGUUGAGGGAACUAUUUUGGUGAAGUACCCACCACACGAAUUUGGAUCAGGAGAAAAAGUAUUCAAAAUGGUGUUGGGAGAAGCAACUACACAACAGUCAGUGUCCAACCAAGCAUCCAUCAACACCUUUAUUUUUGGAAAGCUGGUGAAUGACUGUGAACAUGCUCUUAAACAAGGGGACAGAGUAGUGUUUACCAAAUUCCAAGUCAGCACGUCUCCGAGUGCCUGUAAGGAUGGAAGGCAUGCUUUCCAGCUUGAACUCUCCGAAGAGACAGGAGCAACAGUGUUUGUAUAUGCCAAAUCAGUGAAAGAAUCCUCAGCAGCUAGCAAUGUUAAUUCCCCAAUCAUUCAAAGGCCUAAGAUCGGAAUGCAGGAUUAUACUUACGUACCGCUAAAUCAAAUCAAAGAUGGAGUCACUGUAAACGUGUAUGGUGUUGUGAAAUUCUUCAAGCCUCCAUAUCGCAGUAAAGGAACAGAUUUCUGUUCCACGGUGACCAUAGUGGAUCCUUCUAACGGAAGGUUGAAUUGUGUAAUUUUCAGUGGGAACGCUGAUCUACUUCCUAAAAUCUACAAAGUUGGAGAUGUGGUUCGUUUCCAUAGAAUAAAGAUACAAGAAUUCAACCAAGAGCUUCAAGCCAUCAAUGCUGCUGGUUUCUCAGCUUUGACGUUUGAUGGAACUCCAGGAGCACCCCUAAAACCACGGACAAGCAGCAAAUCAUAUAAGUUCACUGCCACUGAUCAAAGCACUGUGGAGGAACUGCGCAGAUGGGCAAAUGUAAACCUUUCAAUCCAUAAGCCAAUCAUCAAACUCUCAGAAGUCAAACCUGCUGAAUAUUUUGACUUGACCUGUCAACUUAUUGCAAAAGCUGUGGUGGAUCGAUCUGCUGUUCUGCUGAAGGUUUGGGACGGUACCAAAUGCCUUCACCCAUUGUGGCAGAUCCCAGUGGAUACAAAUGCCCUGGAGGGAGAUCCGGCUAGUAUUCAUCGACUGUGCAAGCUAACUGUGGACGUGCUGGUUUAUGAUAACCAUAUCAGUGCUGCAAACUCCCUCAAGGUGGGAACAUACCUGACAAUCCACAAUGUUCAUACAAAACUGGCGACAUUGAGUGCUGACAAACCAAGUAGGAGCCUUGAUACCGUGCCAGAGAUGGAAUUCCACCUUCACGGCGGGACUUCGUAUGGGAGAGGAAUAACAGUGCUACCGGAGGACUGCAGCAAUGUCCAACAGCUGAAGCAAUCUUUAGAAUCAGCACUUGUGGCAGACCAGGAUAGUAUAGGAGAUCUUACGCUGCUGGACAUAUUUAACACUUCAAGAAGGCCCUCUGCACCUGAGCGGGCCUCAGCAACUCAUGUCGAGCGAUGUCACCAGGAGUCUGCAACAGUGCUCACAGCUCAUCAACACAUCAGAACAACCUCACUUCAAGAAGUCUUAGACCAAACACCACCUCAGAAAAACCGCAUUAGAGCUAAGCUGGUGAAUUAUGAGCCCAAAGUUCUUCACCAGUCAGUGAAACUUUAUUGUCCCAAGUGCCGUUCACUGAAGGAGAUUCCAAGUGAUGAUCACAUUAGCAGUUUUUUGCAAGAUGUUUACAGUCCUGAUUCUAUGACUGUUGACCCUGAUACCCAGUCACAUGACACUCUGUGGUACCAAACAACUACAUGGGAGGCUGAAGAUCAAAGACGGCGCCAGAUCACUGUUCGUUUUGUGAAGACAGAUAAAGUGCAAAGAACUCCAGAACACUCCACAAUUCUGGUGGAAGGAGUAUCUCUAAAUGAGCUGUGCCGACUCUCCAAGAGAUUUGGGAGGGUCAUUCCUACCACUUCCAGGACCAAGUACCUGACUUUGAAUGAUCUUUCCAUUCCAUUCCUGAUACAAGAUAGGAAAUGGCAUUAUGGAUGCAAGCAUUGUUCUGACCCUCAACCAGUGAAUGCUCUUCAACCCCUGUCUCUAACAGGAUCAUGGGAGUCGUCAGUAAUAGCCGAAGUUUUAGGCAUUCAGCUUCUACGUUAUGUCUUUGUCAUGAGGUUUGUGCUUGAUGAUGGAUCGGGAUCACUUGAUGCAUUGCUUUGGGAUGAGGCGGAAAGAUUCUUUGGGAUUUCUGCAGCUGAUGUUGUGAUCGACAAUGCACUUCAGGAAAAGCUAACAAGAAUAAUGGACACAUUGUGUCCACCAAGGGCAAGUAAAGAUGACUGCCCCUGGCUGGAAUGCUGCAUCAAGUCCUAUUAUGUCAGUGACGGCUCAGAACAGAAGACAUACUACCAAAUAUUUGAUACUGUUGUUGCAGGAGCUGAGGACCUUUAACAUUUGAUGUGCAUGACAAUAGCCCAGCUUUACCGAGAAUGAAUUUAAUCAUAUUUCCUUUUUUUAAUGAACUAACAGCAGUGUUUUCUUUUAGAAAAAACACAACUACAGAACUUCAUGUGCAAAUAUUCAGCCCAAGUUUCAGUAUGGGUAUGACUAGAUUUAGCAAUGAAAACCAAAAGCUCAUUCUUCUGUGAAGAAACAGACUGGAAUAAUCUGGCUUUAUUAACAUCUCCAUAACACUCCUGCACACAGUUUUAGGAUGCCCUUGUGGCUGGAUUUUGUUUUCUGAACAAAUGCAUCAUUAUCCGCUGUUAACUAUUUCACACAGUGUACUAUUUUAUGGAAUAUCUAAAGAGAAGGAUGUAAUUAAGGAAGACUAUUGUUUUAUCAUAAAACUUAAUGACAUAGACUGAUGAAUACAUGUAAGCUUAUAACUACAUAACUUGCUUUGCUGCUUAGCGAAGUAAACACUUCAUGUUCAAUUUGGAUAAAUGUUAUUCAUUUUGUUAUUAAUCAUAAUGUUUUUUUCUCAUGAAA